AUCAUCACAGCCUCACCCUCACGGUCUCCGACACCGGGCAGGAGAGAGAAACGGUGCCGCCGCACGGUGGGAGACUGGGAGAGGAGGAAGAAACCGCUCGACCCUUCACCCCUCGCCUCGCCGCCCGAUCCAGUUGGUGGCCUAUGGCUGGCGAUGGAGAGGACGAGGCGGCGGCGAUCGAGCGACAGCUGGAGGAGCAGCUGCAGGAGCAGCAAUCCUCCCUUGCGGCCGUCGACGAGGCCCUCGCCGCCGACCCCUCCAACGCCGACUUACUCGAGGUUCAUGAGGAACUUCUUGCUGCGAUUAAGGAUGCAAAGGAGGGACUUCUCGACCUGAAGCGUUCUAGGGUAGUGAAGCAAGUAGAUGAUAUUUUUUCAAAUGAAGAACCAGCAUCCCAGGCACCAGAAGUUGCUCCUGAGCCAUUAGAUCCAGAUGAUGUUGAACCAGAACCACUGGUGUCGCAUGAUUUUUCAGUUGGAUCGAAGUGCAGAUUCCGGCACAACAAUGGCCGCUGGUAUAAUGGAUGCAUUAUAGGAUUUGAAGGUUCAAGCGAUGCGAGGAUCUCAUUUCUGACACCCACAUCUGAAAACAUGGCGAUGUGCAAGUUCUUUCUACAGCAGCGAUGUCGAUUUGGUAGUAACUGCCGCAUGUCCCAUGGUAUUGUAAUUCCUACUUCAGCAUUGAAGAAAUUCACUCCAACUAGAUGGCAGCAGUCCUUGGUAGGCUCCAGCAUACUGGCAGCUUCCGGGCGUCACUCUGGCCUUUGGAGGAGAGCGGAACUUGAGUCAUGGGAUGAUAAUCUGAAGCUUGGCCAGGUUGUCUUUCUAGAUGAUGGGAGUUCUGCAAGGCUUACAAGUGAUUCACUUUCUCUAUCAGAAUAUGCUGAUAUGAGCAGCGAAGAUGAUGAAGGAAGCUCAAGUGAGGAAGAAUCUGAGUUGAGUGACGAUGCUGAUCAAGAGGAUGGAUGCGUUCACCAGGGUAUUGGCCUUUUAGAGCCUGCAAAUUUCAGUGGCAUUCAGACAGACACCGUGAUCUUUGCAAAAUGGGAGCACCACACCAGGGGCGUUGCCUCCAAAAUGAUGGCAAAAAUGGGGUACCGAGAAGGGAUGGGGCUAGGUGUAUCUGGCCAGGGCAUGCUUGAUCCAAUUCCAGUCAAGGUACUACCGCCAAAGCAAUCACUUGAUCACGCUCUUGCUGCAAGCGAGGCUGAUGGAAGUGUUGGCAGUGGUAAAAAGCGCAGUCGAGGUGGUAAAAGGAAGCGUGAGAAAAAAUUCGCAGAACAGGCGAGAGCUGCUAAAGCUGAAGAAGCAGAGAGAUCAGUCUUCAGCUUUAUCAACAGCCAUCUAGUGAACCAAGAUAUGCCUGAAGGUUCAGCCAUUAAAGUUAAGAAGGGGGCAUCAGGUGAGGCUAAUGGGCAUGCUAAGAAGGAGGACAGAAGAUCCUUAGUCGCAUACGAUGAGGAAGUAAAAGAACUGAGGAUUCAAGUUGAGAGACUGGAAGAGAUGAAGAACCGAAACCGCAAAGACAAGGCAGUGUUUGAAGCUGCUUCAAGGAAGCUGGAAGAGACUCGAAAGGCACUCGCGGAUGCUGAAGCUACUCACGCUUCAGCAACUAACGCGGUUGCCAGAAAGGAGAAAGAGAAGAAAUGGUUGAAAUUCUGAUAUAGCUUUGAUAUAGCUACUCACGCUUUGUCUAUUUAUCUUCUGAUAAGAAUCCGGCGUGAUGUAUCGACUUGCAAUUGUUCCUUCAGCCAGCUGGUAGCCCCGUUACACAUGUAUGUCUAUCAGGUUUUAGGAGAUCUGUUGUAGAAGUAUUAGUAAUAUACUUAAUUAUUAAAUGGACAUGGUAUUUAGGGCUCUUUGGCAGGGCUGC